AUGGCUGCAAACGAGACUGGCAAACCGCAGGACCUGUUCGUCGAGGAUGUCCCGACCGAGGCGGAGCGCAAGCUCGAUCGCGAGACUCUUCGUCGACUUGAUCUGGUUCUGAUGCCAAUGACGCUGAUUCUGUAUCUCCUCGCUUGGCUGGAUCGAGCGAAUGUUGGGAAUGCACGCGUGGCUGGUCUGGACAGAGAUCUCAAUCUCAGUGACCAUCAAUACAAGAUUGCCAUCACCGUCACUUACAUCCCCUACAUCGCUGCCGAGCUCCCGUCCAACCUCGUCCUCAAGAAGAUCGGCCCCCGAAUCCUCCUCCCCACCCUGUGCACCGCAUGGGGUCUCGUCACAAUCCUGCAAUGCGAAGCCCGCAAUUUUUCCGGCUUCGUGGCAUGCCGAUUCUUCCUCGGCCUUUGCGAAGGUGGCCUCUUUCCAGGAAUCGUCCUCUACCUCUCCGGCUUCUACCGGCGACAUGAACUCCAGGUCCGCAUCGCCCUGUUCUUCUCCGCGGCCUCGCUGAGCGGCGCCUUCUCCGGCCUUCUCGCCGCCGCAAUCCAGCAAAUGGACGGCAUUCGCGGGCUACGAGGCUGGCAAUGGAUCUUCAUUCUCGAGGGCCUCUUCACCGUCUGCUUUGGGCUGUUCUCCUACGCGAUGCUCCCCAACACACCCACCGACGUCCUCACCUUCAAACCACAACACAAAACUCACUGUCUGCACCGCCUCCAACUCGACUCAAACCUCCUCACCGAAGAACCCAUCACCAUAGCAAAAGUCCUCUCAAUCUUUAAAGACCUCCACGUCCUCCUCGUCUCGGCAAUCCUCUUCUGCAGCGGAACCUGCCUCUUCGGCCUCGCCUACUUCUCCCCUUCCAUCGUCAAAGCAAUGGGCUACGGCAACACGCGUACACAACUCAUGACCGUCCCUCCCUACGCCGUGGCGUUUGUCGUAACAAUGGUCACCGCAUACAUCGCCGACCGCUACCGCCAACGCGGAAUCUGCGCCUUCGCCACAACAUCCAUCGCCCUCAUUGGCGCCGCAAUGAUGCUCAACGGCCGCACCAUCGCAGUCCGCUACACUGCGCUAAUUCUCCUAGUCACAGGCAUCUACGCCGCAGCCCCCUGUCUCAUUUCGUGGGUCCCCAACAACUCCGCGGGGCACGUCCGUCGCGCAACCGCCGUGGCAUUGGGGUUUACCUGUACGAGCUCCGGUGGUGUGAUGAGCACGUGGAUCUACCCGAAGAGCUCGGCACCGUAUUAUAACGUCGGCGCGAGGUUUAACCUGGCUCUUACGGUGAUUCCGCUUGUUGGGCUUGUUGUGCAGGUUGGGUUGUUGAGGCAUUUGAAUGCCAGGAAGGAGAGCUGCCGCGAGGAGAUUCUGAGGGGGUUGGAAGGGCUUACUCCUGAGGAGCAGAUGGGUGUGCUUGGGGAUCGGCAUCCGGACUACAAGUAUACUUAUUGA